GGCGGCGGCCAGAGGCGAGCAUGGAGCGGGAGGAGGAGGAGGAGGAGCAGGAGGGCGGCGGCGUGCGGCCCCGGGAGCUGGAGCACAUGGCCGAGAUCCUCGUCACCGGGGAGCAGCUACGGCUCAGGCUGCACGAGGAAAAGGUGAUUAAAGAUCGAAGACAUCACCUCAAAACCUACCCGAACUGUUUUGUGGCCAAGGAGCUGAUCGACUGGCUGAUUGACCAUAAGGAAGCUUCAGAUCGAGAGACCGCCAUUAAACUGAUGCAGAAAUUAGCGGAUCGGAGCAUCAUUCAUCAUGUGUGUGAUGAGCAUAAGGAAUUCAAGGAUGUCAAACUUUUCUACCGCUUCAGGAAGGAUGAUGGCACGUUCCCUCUGGAUAAUGAAGUGAAGGUGUUUAUGAGAGGACAGAGGCUGUACGAGAAGCUGAUGAGUUCUGAAAACACCCUCUUGCAGCCCAGGGAAGAAGAAGGCAUCAAGUACGAGCGAACCUUCAUGGCGUCAGAGUUUCUCGAGUGGUUGGUUCAGGAGGGCGAGGCCACGACGAGGAGCGAAGCGGAGCAGCUCGGCCACAGGCUCUUGGAACACGGCAUCAUUCAGCACGUGUCCAACAAGCACCACUUUGUGGACAGUAAUCUCCUGUACCAAUUCCGAAUGAACUUCCGGCGGAGAAGGAGGCUGAUGGAGCUGCUCAGUGAAAGAUCCCCCUCAUCCCAGGAAACCCACGACAGCCCCUUUUGCCUGCGGAAACAGAACCAGGACAACAGGAAGCUCACCAGCUUCGUCUCAGUGAGCCCCAGCAAGGAGAUCAAGAUCGUGUCGGCCGUGAGGAGGAGCAGUAUGAGCAGCUGUGGGAGCAGCGGUUAUUUCAGCAGUAGCCCCACCCUCAGCAGCAGCCCGCCGGUCCUCUGUAACCCCAAGUCGGUGUUGAAGAGACCCGUCACUUCUGAUGAACUGCUGGCCCCUGGGGCCCCCUAUGCAAGGAAGACUUUCACCAUUGUUGGUGACGCAGUAGGGUGGGGCUUUGUCGUAAGAGGAAGCAAGCCAUGUCACAUUCAGGCCGUGGAUCCCAGCGGCCCUGCAGCAGCGGCUGGAAUGAAGGUCUGUCAGUUUGUGGUUUCUGUCAACGGACUCAACGUCCUCCACGUCGACUACCGGACGGUGAGCAACCUGAUCCUGACCGGCCCUCGAACCAUUGUCAUGGAAGUGAUGGAGGAGUUGGACUACUAAGGAAGGAAGCUUUCCCGUCCUUCCCUCCCUCCCUGCCCCCCCGCCUUCACCGGACAGUUUGUGAACAGAACGUGAGCAGCCUCGGAGCAACCCAGAUCAGCGCCCGGACGACGUUCCUCAGCUCCAUCGAAUGGAUGACUUUGAUUUUCGUAGCCUCCCCCCUCUGACUGGUAUUUUUGCAUGGACCGAUGUCUUCUAAUAGGAAAAAUGCCCUCCAGAAUGCUCCCCCGUCCUUCUGGCAGAAAACCCGUUUGGAUGCCGAGUUUACCCAUCGACAGUGCCGUUUUGAGGAUUUCUUUGCACAUACGAUGUCCGUGUUUUUUCACUGUGAGAUUUUUUUUUUUGACAUAAAGCCUUUGACAACCUCCUAGGAGGCAUCAAACUGUUAGCAUUUUUCCCUUCGUGAAUGGGAUGCUGACAUACUAGUUGCCAAGCCACCUCGACACUGAACGGGACUGCAACUUACCUCCAAUUGAACCCAUGCAGGAAGGGCCUGGGGCGGUCGAAUCUGCCCCAUCGGCAUUUUAAAAACAUUUAAGCGUCUGAAAACCGCAAGCGUCCUUGAUAACAUUUUGUGUCUCCCACCGGGAGUACAUUUCACGUUCACCUUCUCAUUCUAGGAGGAUUGGGGGGAACGCUUUAUAUGAUGUACAGAGGAACGAUGACCCCUUCAUGAAUCCGAAUCAUCUGGGGCUCUAAAUGAACCAGCGUGGUUUUCUGAAGUUGCUUCUGAAUACGAUGAAUGUGUAGAGUAGCUUGCAAAAAUAUACGUUUAUGUAUAUAAAUCCAGAUAGACAUAAAGCAUAUGUUGUGACGGGAAUAUGCCGAGACGAUUUCCUUUUGUCAGUGAAAAAUACAGUUCCUGGCCGUUUUUCUCUUCCCUCGAGUACUAGCUGUCUAAUGAAGGACGAAUGGGUGACCUCUCUCUCGCUCUUGGCAUCUGGGUCUUCACUCUCUGACGUCGGACGGAGUCCCCCGUGAUUGUUAGAGCCCAUUGGCCGGGGCUGAAAUCGCAUGUUUUCUUCUGGGCUCGCCUGAUAGACGGUGUCCGAUUCCCGGAUGAGAGUCCUCCGAAUGGUCGCCGGGCGUCCUCGUUCCCCAGAGCCCAAGCACUGGCCAGCCCUCAUCUGAUCACAUGUAAUCGGCGAUUUAUGCACGGACACGAUCGAAGAAGUUGUUGGUGGCCGCUGAACCAAGAUGCCUCGCGUGUUUUCCAGGGAAUGCAGCGUUCAGCACCAUUUUGCUCACCAGACAUCCAAGUGAAUUCGAGUAAGAACUAACAGCAAGUCUCACCGAUUUACUUUCACCCACGGUCUUACGUGGUGCUACCUCUUUAUGUGACAUCUACCAUCUUUUUCAAAAGCGACGGUUCAUUCUUUUAGGACGAGAGAAAGAGAUCAGUACAAAUUCCAUUUUAAAGAAAAUACUCUGUCGCUGAGCUCCUAAGGCAGAUCAUUGGCUGUACUGGCUGCCCACUCCAGGACUAUUUUAUGGAUAUACCCUGCUCUACCCUGUUAGCUGGUGAUGAGAAGAAUCAGAUGGUGGUUGAAGACUAGUUAGGCCUUGGAGAGAUGCCCCUCACUCCAAUUCACGAUUGAACAAUGGCUUACUUGCAAACAACUCCGUCCCAGUUUCCGAUUCUUGCUCGGUGCCUCAUCCUAAACAAUGAUAUUUUCACAAGGCCGUUGUGGGGACUACCAA